AUGGACUCUCCCGUGAUUAUCGUCGGCGGUGGUCUGGCCGGUCUGGUGGCCGCCCGAGAACUGUCUCGCCGCAAUGUGGCCUCGGUGAUUGUCGACCAGGAGAACGAGGCGAACCUGGGCGGGCAGGCCUUCUGGUCGCUGGGCGGCCUGUUCUGCGUCGACUCGACGAACCAGCGCCGACUGGGAGUCAAGGACAGCCGGGAGCUGGCGCUGCAGGACUGGCUGAGCACGGCACGCUUCGAUCGCGAGGAGGAGGACUACUGGCCUCGCCGGUGGGCGGAGGCGUUUGUGGAUUUCGCGACCGACGAGCUGGAGGCGUACGUCAAGGAAGCCGGACUCGCCUUUGCGACGCUGGGUUGGGCCGAGCGUGGCAGCGGCAACGCAGGGGGCCAUGGCAACUCGGUGCCUCGCUUCCAUCUGACAUGGGGCACGGGUCCGGCGGUCGUCGACGCGUUUGAGAAACCCGUGCGGGCCGCGGCGGCCAAGGGGCUCGUCGAGUUUCGCUUCCGCCACCGCGUCGACGAGCUGGUGGUGGACGAGCAGACGGGCGCCGCUGUGGGCGUGCGUGGCCAUGUCCUCGAGGCGUCGACGGACUCGCCGCGCGGGGUGGCCACCAGCCGCAAGGUGGUGGACGCGUUCGAGAUCCGCGGCAGCCAUGUGCUGCUCGCGACGGGCGGCAUCGGCGGCAACGUCGAGCUGGUCAAGAAGCACUGGCCGGUCGACCGGCUGGGGGCGUACGUGCCGCAGUCGUUUGUCGUCGGGGUGCCCGCCCACGUCGACGGGCGGAUGCUGGGGAUCGCCCAGCAGGCGGGCGCGAAUGUCAUCAACAGCGACCGUAUGUGGCACUACACCGAGGGACUGCAGAACUGGAACUCCAUCUGGCCCGACCACGGCAUCCGCGUGCUCUCGGGCCCGUCGUCGCUGUGGCUCGACGCCCAGGGGAACCGCCUGCCUGCCUUUCUCUUCCCGGGCACCGACACGCUGGCUACGCUGGAGCACAUCUGCCGUACGGGCUACGACUACACCUGGUUCAUCUGCACCAAGACCAUUGUGGCGAGCGAGUUCUCCCUGUCGGGCUCCGAACAGAACCCGGAUCUCACCGGCAAGAACUUCCUCAGUCUGCUCUGGCAGCGUGUCUUCAGCUCCGCCGGCCCGCAGCCCGUCCAGGCCUUUCUCGACCACGGACCGGAUUUUGUCGUCGAGGCCUCGCUCGAGGACCUGGUCGCGGGCAUGAAUCGCCUCGCCAAAGAACGCGGUGGGCCCCAGCUGAGCGUCGACGAGGUCGAGCACACCAUCCGCCUGCGCGACGCCCAGCUCGACAACGCCUACACCAAAGACGCCCAGCUGAUGUUGAUCCGCAACGCCCGUGCCUUCUGGCCCGAACGACUCACCCGCAUCGCCAAACCGCACAAGCUGCUCGACCCGCGCCACGGCCCUCUCAUCGCCGUCCGUAUGAACCUGCUCACCCGCAAGACCCUCGGCGGCCUCCAGACCAACCUCGACGCAAACGUCCUCCGUCCGGACGGCCAGCCCUUCCCCAACCUCUAUGCCGCGGGCGAGGUGGCGGGCUUUGGAGGCGGCGGUGUCCAUGGGUACAGUGCUCUCGAGGGGACCUUUUUGGGCGGCUGUAUCUUUACGGGAAGAACGGCAGGCAUCAAGAUUGCCGAAAGCAAGGCUUAG